CCGCUAAGAACUGCAAGGGGCUUUUGUUGCCAGGGAGGUUUAUAAUUAUCCACCAUUUAAAAAAGGAAGCAGCCUCCAGAGGCAUAUCUGCGGACUGGCUGUCGACGACGUCCCUGACCAAGGAGAAAAGAGCUGACGACCUGAGAGAGGAGAAAAGAGACCGAAGCUAAAAAAUGUCGUCUCUUAAGGAGCUCUGCGCCUAUGAAACACCAUCCGUUGCUGAACUGCAGGACUUCCUGUUGGCUGACAGGCACCCCACUGGACAUGUCAACCAAGUGUGGCCCAAUGUGUACAUUGGCAAUGAAGUUGCGGCCCGUGACAAGUCAAUGCUGCACAGCAUGGGGAUCACCCACAUAGUCAAUGCAGCCAGCGGCCCCCCACAUGUAAACACCGGACCUCGCUUCUACAGAGACAUGGCUGUAGAUUAUUAUGGGGUGGAAGCCGACGAUUCCACAGACUUCGUCAUAAGUGUUUUCUUUUACCCAACAGCAAGAUUUAUACGUGCUGCCUUGUCCAAUAAAGGGAAAGUGUUUGUGCAUUGCUUGAUGGGAGUCAGCCGCUCGGCCACGCUCGUCUUGGCCUUUCUUAUGAUCUGUGAGCAGUUGACCUUAAGGGAAGCAGCACGAGUUGUUCGCCAACACAGAGACAUUUGCCCCAACCCUGGCUUCCUCAAUCAGCUCCGUCACCUCGACAUGAGCCUCGUGCGUGAACAGAAGAAGAAGCUUGAAGCUUUCAAGCUAUAGACAAUUGUCCAAGAUUUAAAAAUGUGACAAAGUCUAUUCCAAAAGUAUGUACCCUCCAGCUUUCAGGCCUGAUGUUUUGAUCCAUGGCAACAACUCAUUUAGUCAUUUAGCAAUAUUCCUUUCAUGACGGUAGCAAAGUGGAUAUAGGAGGGACAAUUGAAGCCUUUGCCCAUAAAUAGUUAUUAACUUCCACAGACUGCAGGGUUGCAAAAUAAAUGGCAGGUUUGUUUUAAUUCCUUCCAGAUGGCACGCGCUUUGAACUUGUUCCAAAAGGAGCCUAUGAGCAUGUGUUGUUUUUUUUUUUUUAAACUCUUGUGAAAUGAGAUGGUUGUGGCCUGCUUUUUAUCGUAUGAAGGUGGAACAGGAGAAACAUGCAUGGCUGGAUGUCUUGAAGUCCUGAUCCCCUGCAGAGACUCUCUAAUGGGUAUCAUAUGCUCUAAUAUGUUUAGAGGUUCCACACAAAACAAUGUGAUUUGAUCCACUGGUUUUAGCCAUGUACUGGGUAAAAGAAUAAAAGCUUGCUUUCUGAAUGAAUGCAUUAUUAUGAUAGAUCGUAUGCACUUACCGCCCGCUUUAAUAGGAACACCUGU